CCCGAGAAGAAGUUUGAAUGGAUUAAUCCUUCAAGGAGAGAAAGAAGAAGAGAACAGCAAACAUAUUCUGUUGAUGAUUAUUACAAGGAUAUUAUUGGAAACUCUAAAUCGAAGGAAAAGGCUGCAGUUCAAUCAAAAGUACCAAAGGCGCCUAAAUUCAUACAUGGACAAGACUUCCAAUUUUUCCCAAAGGAACUAGAAGCAUUGCAAGAGAAAGAACAAUUAUAUUAUAAGAAAAAAGUAAAUUACAAGGUUUCAGCUUAUGAUGUAGGAGCUACAGGUAGUGAUGAUGAAUAUGAUUCCCAAGCUGACGAUCAAAGUGAUACAAAAUCUGUCAAAGAAAAAAUUAAAGAAUUGAAGGAAAAAAUAGAAAAUGCACCUGAAUUUACUGAGGAAGAUGAGAGGGAAAAGCAAAGAUUAUUAUCAGAAUCCUUUACCAACUGGAAUAAGCGUGAAUUUUUUGCUUUUAUAAGUGCGUGUACCAAGUAUGGUACUGAUAAUAUAGAGGUAAUCAAAAAAUCGAUAGAUACAAAGACUCCUGAGGAAGUAGAAGCCUAUUUUACAGUAUUCUGGAAAAGAUAUAGUGAAAUUAAUGGUUAUGAAAAGUAUCUUGCGAAUAUUGAAGCUGGUAUGAAGAAAAAUGAAAGAUUAAAACUUCAAGAGAUUUUAGUUAAAAAGAAAGUUGAACAAUAUCAAUAUCCACUCCAUCAAAUGGUAAUUCAAUAUCCACCAAAUAAUGCUAGAAGAACUUAUAAUUCCUUAGAAGAUAAAUUCAUACUAACUAUAAUUAACAAAUAUGGUCUUUUUGAUGAAAAACUAUGUGAAAAAUUAAAACAAGAGAUUAUGGUCAGUAAAUUAUUCACAUUUGACUGGUUUAUUAAGUCAAGAUCGUUGCAUGAAUUAUCAAAGAGAGUCAAUACGCUCUUAAGCUUAAUAACAAGAGAGCAUGAAGCACCAGAAACAUUGAAAAAGAAGAGAAAACAACCAAGUGGAAGAGAGGAAACCCCGUCUUCUCAAACAGCUACACCUUUUGUAGGUCAAUCCCUCAAUGAAAAUGGUAUAAACCACAACAAAAAGGUUAAGGUGACCCCUGAGUAG